AUCAACCUUUCCUCUGUUUACUUGCGCUUUUCGGUCAGCAUUGGCAUCAGAUAAAAGCGUACCGAAAUUGGCAAGUUUUAAUCUUAACAUUUCUUCCACAGUACUGCUAGACAUAUAGCUCCGUUUGAUCGGUUUACCCAACCCAACAGCAUGGAUACCUUGGGCACAGAAAUUGGUCAAAAAAUGAGGAGUGCCGUAAAGGCAAAGUUGAUCGAGCUGGGCACCGGUUCGGCCACCGGGUACAUCGACGACGAGCUGCCAGAUUACGUGAUGAUCAUGGUGGCAAACAAACGGUCCCGGCAGCAGAUGGUCGACGAUCUGUCCCUGUUUCUCGGUGCACAGACGGAGAUUUUCGUCAACUGGCUGCAUCAGGUGCUGCAAAAGCUGCAGGAAGUGACGCUACCAGCUUCCGCGGCCGCCGCCGCCACCGCCUCAACCAAGUCGAAAGAACCCACCAAGCGGAAGUCCUCCGAGGUGGAAGACAAAAAGAAGGACAAAAAACGGAAAGACAAGAAAACGAAGCGAAGGGAUCGUAGCACGGACGGCGAGGAAGCGGCCGAUGCUUCCGGUCGCAUGAGCGGUACGGAGGAUAACACGCCCCCACGGCCCGCCGUUGUGCUGCCGGCAACCUCCAUAACAGAAGUGUUCGCCCAUCAGUACAUAGAAAAGGCCAAAAAGUCGCUCGAAACGGACGGAUUACCGGUGGCGAAAAAAUCAUCCGGCGAACGGUCGGAAUCGCAAGAUCGCAGCAAGCAAACGAAGAGCAAAACACCACCGGCGGCGACCAGCAAGGAACCGUCCAACAGCGGCUUGCCUUCGAUUGCCGACCUUGCCAGUGCGAGCGUUGUCCAGAAGCACCACAAGGAGCUGUGCGAGCUGAAGGAAAUCGAGGAAAGAAUCAGCGCCGCCAAGCGGCACCUCAGGUCGCUGGGGACGGACAUUUCGGACGAGGAUAGCGAGGAUUUGCUGCUCCUGAAGGCGAACGAGGAUGAUUUGUUUCCACCGCGGGCCCGGUCGAAGGAAGUAACGGCAGCGCAAAGCGCCGCUAGCAAACCGCCGGAAAGCACAGUAAGUAAACAAAGGCAACGAAUAACGAUGGGUCCGGCCGAGGAACCGACCACCAAGCAAGCGCCACCAGCUCGAAGCACCACACCGCCAGCUUCCUCACGGUCCACGGACUCACAACAAGCUACUAAUGCUAAGAAACGGUCAGUUUUAGAUCGCCUAGGAACCAAAGCUUCCUCCACGUCUUCUGCCGAGCGAGAGAAAACUGUACAUAUAGAGAGCAGAAGCACGGCCCGCGACCCGGCCGGGACGAAGGAUGUGAGCAAAGGUAGCGAUACCGCCGCCAACGCGAGUGGAGCCGGAACGAAGAGUACCAUCAUAAGCCUGUCGGCACACCGACGAGAGGAGCGUGAGAUUUAUGUGCCGCUUUUUCGGCGCAAGGAAGCCACAGUAUCACAGGAGCAGUCAGCAGGGGGAGCAGCAGCAGCAGCAGCGGCGGCGGCAGCAAAAAACCGAGCGCGCCAAGACAUUACCAUAAGGGGAGACAACCGUCACAGGGAGAGAAGCCGUGAACGAAGCAACCGUGAGACGAGAUCACCAAUCUCACGCUUACCACCACAGCACAGUGCUCGCACCGAUCCGCACAGCAUUCGGGGACGAUCUCGGGAAAACAAUUUUCGUCGCCCAGAGCGCGAUCGUGCAGUCGACAGGGUCGAACGCAUCGAUGACCACCAACCGAUGGGUGGACGCAAAUCCCGCCCACGGGAAAGAUCGCGCAGCCGCGAAUGGGUCCGGGACGGGCACCGGGAACGUUCCGGGUCGGGUGGUGCGCAUCCAAAAAACGGUACAGACACGGUCCGCGGACGUAUAGGUUCGCGGGUGAUUGUGCUUCCACCGAAACCGGAGUACAACGAAGACGUCAUCGAGGUGCCGGUUGCUAGUGUGAUUAAGGUGCAGCCGCGGCCCGUGGUACCGAAGGCAAAACAGCCGAGCAAAAACCUGCUACUGAAAGCGAUGGCCGAAGCACAGCGGUCAACGGUAGCGAAUCUGAAGAAAACGAUUAACAACACCAUCGACAGCAGCAACCACAGCAGUAUGCAUCGCGGGGAACUGAAGCGCAAACUUGUGAUAGAAAUCCCCGGUGCGGCCAGUAGCCAUAGUGUGGACGUUCAGUACGAACGCAUGCAGCCGAACGCACAGUACGCGCUGCACGAAGGGAUUUCGUAUCAUGGUUUAAGAGAGGAUCACCAUCAUGCACGGGUACACGACGACCAAGAGGAGGAGGAGGAGGACGUUGCGGAGGAAGAAGAGGUGCACGAAGUAGACAUAACGCACCAGGUGCUGAUGGAAGAUUGCGAUGUGGAUGAAGAAUUUAAGGAAAUACUCCAGAGCGAAUAUAAUCCCGCACCGAAGCGCGAUUAUCAAACGGAUCAUAUGGAGAUGGCCGAAGAUGAUGCAGCAGCAGCAGCAGCAGGCCCAGAACAGGAACCAGCAGCGACAACCGAAAGCAAGGAUACAAAGUUCGUCGUUACCUUGGACGGAGCGUUCAAAGCGUCGGUUGCUGAUAGGGAAGUGUCGCCAAGUCACACGCCUCCACCACCACUACCACCACCACCAUCAACAUCAACCUCGGCCAUAUCCUCGGAACAUCCGAAAGGGCGAAUGUCCGUGAAGGAUCGCAUUGGGUUUAAGGCCCGAACCGAACCGACGGCCCGCUCUCCGACUCGCAAAGAUUCCAAAGAGAUGGAAGAAACGCUCAAGAAACGGAAGGAAAGAUUUAGCGAAAAGCUGGUCGUCGCACCGCCGGCCACAACGAAACCAUCCGCCAAGAAAGCUUCCUCACCGCCAGCACCAUCAAACGUCGCGCCCUCAACGCGUUCGUUCAAUCGAUCAUCGCCGAAAACUACCAACUCACGUUCCUCCACCCAAAGCCACUCGGGCUCGUCAGCGUCACGUCGCCGCACUACACCAUCGCUCAGCCCGGAAAGGCCACCACGGCCGAGAAACAGUUCCCCCAAUCGGUCGAAACGUGUCGAAGGUUCGCGCAACGUUUCCGCCUCGCCGAAUCAGCUGAACGAGCUGCUACUGCAGCGCACCAAGGAGCUGAUGGAUGACAGCGUUUCCUCGUCGCCGAUCUACAUGUCCAAGUCCGAUUACGACAAGAUGGAACCGGCGUCUCGCAAGCGAAAGCGCGUGUCACCGAUUCAGUUCGAUCUGACCGACGAGGACGAACGGCACGACAGUGACGAUGAUUAUCAUCACCACCAUCAUCACCAUCACCAUCACCAUCAUCAUCGUAAUGAGCGAAGGGCGCGCAGCCGGGAGGAACAUCGCGCCCGGCGCAGCCCAUCGCGGGACAGUGAUGAGCGGUCGGUGACGAGAAAGGAAUCGCGCCGCGAGUGGGAGCGGGAAGGCGAAGGACGGGACGAUCGGGAGUCUGAGCGGGCUAAAUCGCCGGGAAGGAAGUUUAAGAAGCUUGAGUCCAGCCGCAAAUUCGACGAUAUUCCGCCAUUGCUGAGCGCCGUUGCUUUGACCGGAGCGGAAGGUAAAACCAGCAAGCUGACCAGCGGUGGUGGAGCUGGCAGUGGUGCGAUAAAGGAACGCUGCAAAUACUUCCCCAACUGUCGCCAGCGAGAUGCGUGCGAGUUUCUGCAUCCCACCACACCGUGCAAAGCGUUCCCGAACUGCAAAUUUGGCGACAAGUGCCUCUAUCUCCAUCCGAUGUGUAAAUAUGAUCAAACCUGUCACCGGUUGGACUGCAACUUUAUGCACUCCAAAAGUGCGUCCGCGGUCGUCGCAUCGAGCGGCCUCACAGCACCACCAUUAGCUUCAUCCGUCGUGCCGGUUCAAAACUACAAGACGAUUAGCGCGAAACCGUUGCCGCCCGUCUGCCGGUUCUACCCGAACUGUGUCAACAGUCAGUGCCAGUACCUGCACCCGAAGAUGUGCCACUUUGGCAAGCACUGCGUGAACAGGGCCGAGUGUAACUUCUACCACUACGAUACCGCCGCAAAGGAUCUGCACGAUGCGUCGUCCAAGGACAAAUUUCGAUGGAUCUCCCCGUUCUCGGCCUGAACGCGUUCGUUCGACCCGAUUUGGUUUUACAACUUUCCGUGCUUUGCGUAUGGUUUUAUCUAGUUUCCAACCGAUUUAGAACGAGCUGUUGCUGCUGCUGCACACACGCACUGCUUGGCUUUAUCUUUUCGUCCCACCCUUGUGGGGUGUUUGUUUUCUAAUCUGCUAGCUUUAAUGCAAAACCCCACACCACUACUAUUGAAUAUUUAUUCCGCUCAUUGUGUGUGCCGGGCCCGCGGCGAAAGGCCAGCUGUACGCUACAGGGCCGUGCCGGAAUACGAAACCACUGUUUCGUCGUAUCUUUGUUUAAAAAGGAAUUUUAUAGUGAACUAAUGGAAAGUACUCAUGAGUGUAUUCAAACAAAUAGUAAGGCAAAAUAGUUUGCAUCAGUCAUUUUCAGCAUCAGUCGGAUUGAAUUUUAUCCUCCAAAAAGCGAAAAAAACUCUUCUUAGAUAGGCAUGUGAGUGCUUCGCUCCAGGAUCAUUGUAAGGAAGCAACUAUCCUUCAGUCAGAUCCUUUUUCGCAUGGGCUGAAGCGUGCGCGCAAGCAAGCAAACAAUAUUAGAUGUAGUAGCAUGUUCAAAGAAUAAUUAAUUCUAAUCGCUCUGAAAUUGUA